AUGCCCUUUUUUCGGAAGGCAUCUCGGGCAUCUGCUGAAAAGGCAGCAGGAGCAAAGACAAAGAAUCAAAAGGAUUCGAAGAAGAAGAAGGGCGGACUAUUCUUGAGAAAGAAAAAGCCACCCUUGAUCAACUACGAAGAUGCAAGCAGAGCUUCAUCGACCCAACCCCAACCGAGAUGGAACAAAAUUGAAAUCGAAACCGACUUCACAGGGAUGCAACCAUCGACGACAGGAACUGCCAAAACUACAUUGACCGGAACAAACGACAAAAAGAAAACACUAGGCAUCAUCGUGGAUGGCCAAAUCAAACACAAGAAACAAGACAAAAAUUGGGAUGCCUUCGAGAAGAACGCUCAACUCGUGAUACAUGGCGAUGAAGAAAAUAUAGCUUUUUCAACAAUGGAAGCAAUCCAAGAAGGCGAAGAAUUGAGCUCUGCGCAACAGAAUCGCAUGACAGUUGAGCCAGAUAACGAACCAAUGGGACCAAUUGAUACAGACGAGUAUGUUGAAAGAAUCAUGACAGUGCAAACGUUCUUCUCAGAUCAGGAAUACAAACAUGCAUCAAGAUCUUCUAAGGAUGUCGACAGCGACGGUGUAGACGAAAGCAGUGGAGAUGACUUCACCUACGAGUUGACCUAUUCCCAGUCGACAUCAUCAGAAGUCGUCGAUGAAUCCCAGUCGACAUCAUCAGAAGUCGUCGGCGAAUUGGUCCAGCAAACAGCAAAAGAUAAAGCGAAAAAGGACGAUAAGCCCGAAUUUCUUCAAGAAGAAGAAGAAGUCAACGAAGAUCCCAACGAGGGAGUUGAAGAACUAGAUGACUCCGAUCCAUCAAUGUCUGCGUAUGUUUCGCUGCAGCGGAUACAAAAAAGUGACAUUACUUGUGAAUCCACGGCAUCAAGUUUGAAACCGUCUAGAUCAGACGAAGAUUCACAGCGAUCGGAAUGGAAACCCAAGCCGGAUAUGACGAACCCGCUCGGAGCCACGCCACAAGAAAUUGAUGCCCUCAAUCGAUUCCUAUCAGUUGUAGGACCAGACUUUACCGGACGCAAUCUAUCUUUCGGGGAGCGCAAAGAGAUAUACGAUGGUGCAAGGAAAGUUGGCUUGAAUAAGGUGUUGGUGGAUAGGUUCCUUGAUCAGUCAGCUGGUAUUGCUACCGUCGAAGAAGCGAGCACUUACAGUGAUAUUUCUCCGUGCUCUACAUAUUCGUCGACCUCAAGAUCCCUCAUGAUGGCCAAGUCUGAGUUUUCAGAUAACACUAGUGCCACGGGAUACAGCCGCGACAGCGGCCACAGUGGUGACAGCAUUCGAUACAAUUCUUUGCCACGGCUGACAACUGAAAGUCCACAUGCAAACCAAACUUAUGGUUGCAAAGGAGUUUUCGGGGAUUUCUUUUGGAAUGAUUCGAAGAAAGCUUGGGACGAUUCGAAGAAGGCUAAAGCCAUUUUCAAAGCAGGUCAAGGUCUUUUGGAAAGCAUUGGAGCUGUUGUGGUAGGAGAAGAUGGAAGCGUCCAUGGCGAGGCAUAG